CUUUACGAGUCUAUAAACAGGUAUUGUAAAGAUUGCAUUCGUGUGUAUGUAAAUUCAAGUGAGGUGUUGAACGCUCGAAUUUCCGUGAUCGACGAAUUGGGUUGGGCGCUACUGGAAAAUAUCCAUUGAAGCCUAUCCGAUAGGCCUGGCUGUAGCGAACUAGCUAAUUCCUUGUCAAAAAUCCGGAUGCUAAAAGUAUUGCGUUGUGAACUACGGGUUCGGUGGUAGUUAUCCAAAGAAGUGCUAGGCAUAUAGCCUCGAUCGACUAACGUUAACUUGGCUAAGUCUCCCACGGAUUCAAGUCUGACUAUGGAGCAGUGUGAGAGUGCUGCCUCUCUCCUGGCCUCCGUGCGUGAGCAGGAGGUGCAGUUUGAGCGCCUGACUCGAGCUCUGGAGGAGGAGAGGAGGCGAGCAGGACCCCCCAGCACCCUGCCCCGCCCCUUCCCCAAUCCACAGAACUGCCUUGUGUCUGGUGAUGCAGAGUUAGAGAGACUCAAAAUAAGCGAAGGAUACGUCAACGGGACACAGUACAGGAUGUUGGACCCGGGUCAACUCGUGGAGGAGACUGUUACCGUGGAAGAGGACCCCCAAGAUGUCCCCUCCAUCUCCGUGGAGACCGAUGAGGAUGGAAACACGCGCCGCACUGAGACCACGGUUAAGAAGGUGGUGAAGACCAUCACCACGCGCACCGUCAUCCCGUCCGUGUCAGACACCCUCUCCCUGGACGACGGGCCCCCUGUGACCGGCCCCCCCAUGGGGCACGGGGGCUAUGCCACCGUGGACCGAAUGUACCGGCAGGGUGGGGGCGGGGUGGCGGAUUACCCAACCUCCACCGUACCACGGAACUACCACUACGGCCCCCCGGCGGGGUACGAGGACUACCGGCCCGGGCCCCCCUCCGAGGCCUACUCCAGUCUGAGCCGCGGGGCUCGCAUGGACGAGCGCUACCGGCCGGUGGACGGGUACCGCACGCUGGACUCGGGGUACCGUGGCCCGGCCCGGCAGCAGCUGGACCCCUACGCUGCGCAGCCGCAGGUGCGCAUGGGCAGCAACGUGGACCUGCAGCGCUUCGUCCCCGAGCCCUACGGCCUGGAGGACGACCAGCGCAGCCUGGGCUACGACGAGCCCGACUACGGCAUGGGGCCCCCGCCUCACUACGGCACCGUGCCCCGCCUGGGCCCCGCGCGCUACGGGCCCCCCCGCAGAGUGGGGAGCUACGAGGGCGCUCUGGACCGGGACAUGAGCGAAAUGCAUUACUGGGGUGGAGGAGCCCCCCUGGCCCAGGGGGAGAGGGGCAGCAUGGCCUCUUUGGACAGCACCCUGCGCAAGGGCCCCCCUCCGACUGGCUGGAGACAGCCGGAGCUACCCGAGGUCAUCGCCAUGCUCAACUACCGCCUGGACCCGGUCAAGAGCAAUGCUGCCGCCUUCCUGCAGCACCUCACCUACAAGAACGACAAGGUGAAGUCGGAGGUGCGGAGGAUGAAGGGGAUCCCCUCGCUGGUGUCUCUGCUGGACAACCCCAGAAAGGAGGUGCACCACGCUGCCUGUGGAGCCCUGAAGAACAUCUCCUACGGCCGAGACCACGACAACAAGAUCGCCAUCAAGAACUGCGACGGGGUGCCUGCGCUGGUGCGUCUGCUGAGGAAGGCCACAGACCAGGACCUGACCGACACCAUCACAGGUACCCUGUGGAACCUGUCGUCCCACGACUCGGUGAAGAUGGAGAUUGUGGACCACGCCCUGAACGCGCUGUCCACGGAGGUGAUGGUGCUGCACUCGGGCCUGGAGCAGGGGGGGGCCGAGGAGAGCUGCAAGCCCCGCCACCUGGAGUGGGAGGCGUCCCUGACCAACACCACCGGCUGCCUCAGGAACGUGAGCUCGGAGCGCAGCGAGGCUCGCCGUAAGCUGAGGGAAUGCACCGGAUUGGUCGACUCGGUUAUGUACAUCGUCCAAUCACAGAUCGACCGCAAAGAAGUGGAUAACAAGCUGACGGAGAACAGCGUGUGCCUUCUGCGGAACCUGUCCUAUCAGGUCCACCGUGAGAUCCCUGGGUUCGAGCGCUACCAGGAGGCCGCGCCCAUAAACCAGGGCCCCGCCCCCAGCUCCUCGCAGAAGACUGGCUGCUUCAGCUCACGCAAGGGCAAAGACGAGUGGUUUUCUAAAGGGAAGAGAGAGGCUGAUGACCCCACUGCGGACAUGAUUGACAUUCCAAAGAGGACCACACCCGCCAAAGGGUUCGAGCUGCUGUUCCAGCCAGAGGUGGUGCGCGUCUACACCUCCCUGCUGAAAGAGAGCAAGAACCCCGUGGUGCUGGAGGCUGCAGCUGGAGCCGUCCAGAACCUGUGUGCUGGGCGCUGGACCUAUGGACGCUAUAUCCGCGCGGUGCUGCGGCAGGAGAAGGGCUUGCCGAUGAUGACGGAGCUGCUGACGCACGGGAACGACCGUGUGGUGCGGGCCAUGUCUGGAGCCCUGAGGAACCUCGCCAUCGACGCCAGGAACAGGGACCUGCUCGGGAAGCACGCCGUGCCGAACCUGGUGGCGAACCUGCCGGCGGUGGGACAGCAGCAGCCGGUGCGCGCGCUGUCGGAGGAGACGGUGGUGUCCGUGCUCAGCACGCUGGCCGAGGUGCUGGGCUCCAGCGUGGACGCCGCCAAAACACUGCGCGCCGCGCAGGGCAUCGAGAGGCUGGUGCUCAUCAACAAGGACGGGAACCGGACUGAGCGUGAGGUUCGAGGGGCGGGGCAGGUCCUGCAGACGGUGUGGGGCUUUAAGGAGCUCCGUAAGACGCUGGAGAAGGACGGCUGGAAAAAGACGGAUUUCAUGGUGAACCUGAACCCCCCCACUGCACCCCGCAGCAACGGGGCCUACGAGGACAGCACCCUGCCACUCAUGGAUCGUGGAGAGAAGAUGGACAGAGAGGCUGACAUGAUCCCUCUGAAUGAUAUGGGACCAGAUGCGUACUCCACACUAGAUCCCAGAGAGAGGAGAAAUACUUUAGACAAUUCUCUGGACAUGGCAGACAGAGAUGAUGUACAGGGGGAGUUGUAUGGGGCCAGAGUGGGCUCCCUGCCUCUGGUUGACUCUUACGAUGAAAAACUGAUGGUCUGCAUCACUCAGAGAGACUUGCCUGCCGCCUGCCACUGCUGACCUACAGGAGAGACCGCAUAGAGACCACACACCCUACAGGAGAGACCACUCAGAGACCACACACCCCAUGAGAGAGACUGCACCCCUACAGGAGAGACCGCAUAGAGACCACACACCCCUUGAUAGAGACUGCACCCCUACAGGAGAGACCGCACAGAGACCACACAUGCAUCUGAGAGAGACCACACAUAAACCACACACCCCAUGAGAGAGACUGCACCCUAACAGGAGAGACUGCACAGCUAUUAAAGAGCAUGCACAUUACAGACUGGCUGUGUGUGCUGUCCCCUGUGCUGCAGUGUUGUCUGCCCUCACAACUGGCACCCAUCGGGACUCGAUCCCAUACCCAUCUGUCCUCUGUGCAGGUCACUUAUGACUCUGCAGCCAUUCGACCUCCCUAGUAAGACAGCUGUGAGGUCUCUCCUCUAAGACCAGGGGGCCCCACUGACCCAACAACCCAACACCACUACAGCUGUGAGGUCUCUCCUCUAUGACCUGGGGGCCCCACUGACCCAACAACCCAACACCAC